AUGGUUAUUGUUCGUGCCUUCCUCGCUAUUGCGACAGCUAAGAAUUGGGAAUUAUAUCAAAUGGAUGUACACAAUGCAUUCCUCCAUGGUGAUCUCGUUGAGGAAGUCUACAUGAAAUUGCCCCCGGGAUUCAAUGUGGGAAUGACUCAACUCAAUGUGCUUGUAUAUGUUGAUGACUUAAUUAUAUCUGGUAAUGAUUCUUCCGCUAUUGCCUCUUUUAAAGCCUAUCUGGGCGAAUGUUUUCAUAUGAAAGACUUGGGCGUCCUGAAAUACUUUCUUAUCAUUGAGGUGGCCCGUAGCUCGGAGGGGAUCUUUCUGUGUCAACGAAAGUAUACUCUUGAUAUUAUCGCCGAAGCAAGACUCUUAGGUUCAAAACCUAUGGGAUUUCCAAUUGAACAGAAUCACAAUCUUGCUCUUGCAACUGGUGCUCUCCUUGAGGAUCCGGAAUCAUACAGACGCCUAGUCGGCCGCCUAAUCUAUUUGUCUUUUACUCGGCCUGAUCUAGCAUACACGGUAUAUAUCCUGGCCCAAUUCAUGCAAGCACCGCGCCAGGAACAUUGGGAUGCUGCCAUUCGAGUCGUGCGAUACUUGAAGGGGUGUGCGGGCCAAGGUAUUCUCCUUCAUGCCGAUUGUGAUCUUAUAUUGUCUGGUUUGUGCAACUCUGAUUGGGCAAGUUGCCCAUUAAUAAGACGAGCUAUAACGGGUUGGCUCGUCUUUCUUGGUGGCUCUCCUGUGUCUUGGAAAACCAAGAAACAACAUAUUGUUUCUCGCUUGUCUGCAGAGGCCAAAUAUCGGGCUAUGGCGACCCUUACAUAG